CUGAUGUUUUUUGUUUGUUUGCGGGAGUGUGUUUGUACUGGUGUUAAAAAAAUAUACUCCCUAUAUUCCUUUAUAUAAGGUGUGUUUGUUUUUUGAUAAAAUUCCACAAUGUGGGACAAACAGAGUCGGUGACCAACACGACGCGACUUGGUGCUCGUUUACAUCUCGUAUAUGAGCAACCAGUUUGGUGCUCGCUAUCCAUCGGGCGACCAACGUAGAGCCCCUUCCUAAAAUAACGAUUUAUAAGAGAAUAAACACAGGGCUGGCAGCGUUCAUCUCCCUUGAUCAGACGGGUCGUUAGUUCCUUAUAUACCGCGGAACCCUAGCCGCCACCCCGCAGCUGGCCUUCCUCCCCGCCGCAGGCCGCCUUACGGUCUUCUCGGCGUGGUUGCCAGACCCCGUCCCCACUUUCCGCGCCACUCCAACCCUGCCUGGCGCCGCUUCCCCGAGCACGCCCUCCGCUGCACCGUCAAGUCCCGCGAGCACCUCCGGUCUCCUCCUCUGCUCGACUCAACUUGACGCCGGCUAGCUAAAUCGGACACCUGACAAUGUAGCUUCUGCCCUAAUCAACGUACCGCGUACAACUACUUCGACAGUAGAUUCAUAAAUCCAUCAUGCCGUUCGCGGGUGUAUCUGUCAUCUCCCGCGGUAAGCUCCUGGAGGACACCUUCCCAAUGCCGGUGAUCAACGCCAGUGCCGCCAGCGGGUACCACUUGCUCAUCGUUGAAGAAUACUCGUGCACCAGCAGAUCCGCAGUGUCUCGCUCAUUCACAGUGGGAGGCCACACCUGGCGCAUCUAUUACUACCCGGACGAUGAUGGCUUCAUAUCACUUAAUCUUUACCUGCACGAGGAACCAACUGCAACACCCGUCAAGGCGCAGUACAAGUUCAGUUUCAUCGAUGAGAGUGACAAGCAAGAGUCGGCACGUAUCCAUCGCCUCAAAAUAUUUGAAUUUCAAGCUUACAGCAUGAACAGCUGCGGUAGAUUAAUGACACGAGAGAACUUGGGGAAAUCCAAACACUUCAAGAACGAUAGCUUCACCAUCCGGUGCGACAUCGUGGUCAUCAACAAUGUCACCACCACCACAACUUCUGAGUUCAAGGAGAUCGAGGUGCCAUCGUCUGACAUGCAACGUAACUUCAUGGACCUUCUCCUGACCGGGGAGGGCACCGACGUGGUGUUUGAGGUCGGCGGUGAGACUUUUGCCGCCCACCGCUGCAUCCUUGCGGCCCGGUCUACAGUCUUCAGGGCUUUACUCUUCGGCCCCAUGAAGGAAGGCACAUCAACAAUGGUACAGGUAAAUGACAUGGACCCAAAUGUGUUCAAGACGAUGCUUGAUUUCAUCUACGGUGACUCGCUGCUAGUGCCGGAGGCCGGUGAGAAUAGUUGGGUCCUGCUACAGCACCUGCUCGUCGCAGCGGACAGGUAUGACCUCCAAAGAUUGAAGCACAUGUGUGAGAAGAAACUAUGCGAGCACAUCAGUGUGAGCACUGCGACGACCGUCCUGGCCCUGGCUGAUGAGCAAGGCUGUGGAGAGCUGAAGAAAGCGUGUUACGGUUUCCUCCGCUGUCCGGUAAAUCUGAGGGCAGUCGUGGAUACCGAAGGUUUUGAUCAUAUACAGGGGAGCUGCCCUCAUCUUAUAAAGGACAUUAUCUUUGGCGUGCUGCCCUCGUAGAUCAUCUUAGUGCAACCAUGGGCCAUGGAUCCAUGGCUUGCAAUUC